GUCGGGAGUCGCCAGCCAGCCCGCGCCGAGGGAGGAACACCUGAGUCGCGGCGCUGCUGUCUCCUGCUGGGUGUCUACCGCCAAGAUAGUCGCCGUGGGUGAAGUAUGAACGUCCAUCAGGUGUUGCGGGCUUGGAGGCUCCGCUGGCUGCUGCUGGUGCUCUUGUUCGUCCUGGUUAUUCUAAACCUUCAGUCCUCACCACACACAAGUAGGAGCACUCUAAGAGACUACCUUUAUUAUGGCAAGAUAUCAAACUCCGACGCUGAACAACCUUCUUUGGCAAGUGGCCACAGCUGGAGAAAUUUAAGUAAUGAUGAAUUAAAGAAUUUGUCUGUAAUGGGAAGACGACUUUUUCUGAAUGAAAAGAUUGGUAAGGAGAAAAAUAAAACUUUCACCAUUCUGGCGUGGAAAACUGGUGCUGUUUAUGAGAACCGUUUACUAGCGGAGUUCGGUGACGUAAACAUGGACCCCUUCCGCAGGUGUUCUGUACACAACUGCUGGCUCACUUACCAAGACCAGGCAGCACCCACGGCGGAUGCCAUUAUCAUCCACUUCCAUAUCACCCUAGGACCCCACACUUUCCCGAGCCGCACAAAAAAGGACCAAAUAUGGAUCUGGUUAACAGAUGAGAACCCAUACCACACUUUUAUGAUUGCUAAAGAUAAAAAUUUAACAAAUUACAAUGGUUACUUCAAUUGGUCAAUGAGCUACAGGAUGGACAGCGAUGUCCCAGUACCGUACGGUAGAACAGUGGAGAUGUCUCCAGACGAGGCUGCCUCAUAUCAAUACGUUGAUUAUUUCAAACAGAAGAACAAAACUCUAGCAUUAAUGGGAUCAAACUGUGGAGGACAAAAUAAUAGGUAUAAGUAUGUGAAUGAGCUUAAAAAAUACAUAGAACUAGACCUAUAUGGAGGCUGUGGAAAGAACUACAAUUGCACCGGACAUUUCGCAAGGGAUUGUCCAGCACUGAAUGCCUACAAAUUCUACCUGGCAUUUGAAAAUGGAAAUUGUCUUGAUUAUUUAACAGAGAAGGUGUGGUGGAAUGCCUUAGGGAAGGGAGCUGUUCCUGUGGUAAUGGGUACAUCGGUGGAAAACUAUAAAAAGCUUAUGCCACCCAAUUCCUUCAUUCACAUCGAUGAGUAUGAUUCACCACAACACCUCGCCAAGCACCUUCAGUACUUGGCGUCUAAUUCUGAGGCAUACAAUAAAUAUCACGAAUGGCGCUCCAAAUUUCGAGUUCUGAAUGAACAUGGAUUCUUCCAAACACCUGUGUACCACUACUGCCGCGUGUGUGAAGCGCUCAACUAUAAUGACCCAGGGCCCAAAAUGUACAAUGACAUGGAAGUGUACUGGAAUAUGAAAACCCAGUGUUACAAACCAACUUGGGAAGACAAGAUGAAUUCCUUCAAGAAGUCAACAAAAUCCUAAAUUUGUGAAUGGCAUCUUUAGUUCUCAUUGAGGAUGUUUGUUUUGAUUACAACAGUUUUAUAUAAUAUUUUAUUAUGCAUAAUAUGUUUUUUAAAAUUGACAAAAAUCGUUGCCAAGCGUUCAGGUAUGCUCUCGUAAAAAUGGCCACUGCCUUUUGGAAACGAAAGGCGGUGGAGUUUCUGAUGGGGAAGGAAGAGACAAUUACGCACCGCGUUCCGCAAGGCGCGGUGCGGACAGUCUGGGUGGCAUAAAUAGCGCGGGAAGGGAGGUCUCGCCCUCACUCCAUUCUCGACGGCCCGCGAUUCACGAAAUUUACGCCCCCAUACUGUUGGUGUCUUCCUUUCCCUGAUCAGAAAAUGUUAAAACUUGCUUCAAAUAGUAGGUACAGUAUUACGUUUUGAGGGGUAGCUUUUUAUUUUAAAGAGGCUUUACAGAGGGUGAUUUUGUAUCAUAUUUGGUAAAUAUUUCCACUGAUAUUGUAGCAAUUAGAUGAGGCUUUUUCUUCUUCUUGAUAGUAUGUGCAGUUUGCAUGAAGGGGUGGAGGACGUGUUGCUCUAAACAGCCAACAGACGAGUAUUUAUUACAGCGGAGUUUUAUGUCAUGAUUUACGACAGGAUAGUGUUAGAAAAUAUAUUUAUUGUAACUAAAAAUUUUACCCACUCAAGCACUGACAAUAAAUACAGUACAAGAA